AUGAGUGCCAUUACAGUUGACAUUGCCGAUGGAAUUGCUACAAUCACACUGAACCGGCCGAAGUCUCUCAAUGCCGUUACAAAAGAAGACUACGAUGCCUUUGCGAACGCCCUCAGGGAUAUCGAUAAAAGGGAGGACGUGCUUAUUACCGUUUGGCAAGGGAGAUGGUUUUGCGCCGGCACCGACGUAAAAGCCAGGUCGCCCACAGACACACAGUCGACAAUCGGCAAUGUUCGCAAUUCCUUCAAGAGUAAUGUUGUUAGUACAACAACAGACUGCGGGAAGGCGCUUUAUUCGCAUCGGAAAAUUCUGGUCGCUGCCUUGAAUGGCCCUGUCAUGGCAUUCUUGGGCUAUUUCGACUUCAUCUAUGCUUUGCCAAACGCAUGGCUCUCGACGCCGUUCACGUAUCUAGGGAUCGUCGCCGAGGGAGGCGCGAGCGUUAGUUUCAUAAAUCGAAUGGGACUUGGCCGUGCAAAUGAGGUUUUGAUUUGGGGAAAGAGGAAGACUGCCCAGGAGUUGUUGGAUUGCGGAUUUAUCAACAAAAUCUUUCCGGAACAACCUGUAAAUUCCUUUCAUGCGGCGAUCCGUCAAACUCUGUUGGAUGAACUGCACGGACUUGACCCAACCGCAGUCCUGGUAAUGAAGCAAUUGAUUCGGGCGGGUCUAAAUGACAAGAAUGAUCCAGACGCUGUGAAUCUUCGCGAAAGUUACGCACAAGCCGAGCGAUUUGCGAGUGGAAUCCCGGCUAAGCAAUUUGCGAGGAUAGCUAGGAAGGAAAUCAAACACAAGCUGUAG